UCAUGGAUGGUUUUUAGGCAACCAAGUAGCACCUGAACACUGGAAAGUCCUCCACUCUCCCAAAGAAAAAGCACAGUGGGGAAAAGUUGACUCUGGAAUCAAGACUGCUUAUUCAGUCCACUUUUCCACCGCUCCAGAAUGAGGAAAUAAAGAGGACAGUGUUUCAUUAUUCCUCAACAUUUAAUGUGGCUGGCCGCUGCCUUUUUUCACCACAGCGCAGCAUGGCGCUUUAUAAGCAGCCGUACGCCAUCCGCAGUAGCCUGGGGCCUUGAAGGACCUCUCCCCAGUAAAAUUGGAGAGAAAGAAAUAAGUGGCUCAAUUAUGUGUGUGUGUCUGUGUGUCUGUGUGUGUGUGUGUGAAAGCCAGGGCUGGACUGGAAAUAAAGAGCUGAAUUCAAUUGGCUGUUGGUCUUAAGCUGGCCUCCACAUGUUGUAAAAAUACAGACGCAGAGCAGAAGCAGGUUACUACAGGGCACAGAGCGAGAAAGAGACUUUCUUUGUGUGUCAUGUGCUUUUAGGGAAGUAAAGUGCCAGAGUGACUCAUAGAGGGCUUCGUCCAUCUCUCUACAAUCCAGUCUCUCCACUUGGUAAAGAUGUAGUCUGUUUGAUCUCCAUGGAGAUGUCUCCAAACACAGUCUCCUCUGCCUCGUUGCCAUGGUCACUGUGGUUGCUGGUCUUGCUGACCCCUGUCACCCAGACAACAAGUUCGGUGCCCACAUCUGAAACUUUUCUGCCGGCCAAUACCACACUGUUGUUUAACAGUGGCGCUCCGGGGUACAGCCUGCGGAACUGCAGCUGCUCAGCACUCAUCCAGGACUGCAACGAGGCUUUGGCCAACUCACUGUGCAGAUGCCACACGGUUUUGCGCUCUGCUCUGCCCCCUGCUGGGCUCAGAGAGCCUGGACAACUCACCGUCUGGGUGAAGGAGCUCUGGGACCUGGAGGAGCUGCUGAACAGAAGCAUGGUUGGCCAUUUGCGGUUGUCCUUUUGUGGAAUAAAACCAAUAGACAGUCAGUACCUGGCUCUGCUGGGUCUACGGACCCUCAGGAUCCACAGCGCAGCAGCAGAAGCUCCCUACCCCAACCAGGAAAUUACAAUCUCCCCCGCGGCAGGGGUUGCAAUGGAGCUAGAGGCCCUCUCCUUUGACUUCUCCUCCUCCGUCCACGUGACCUUUCUGGAUGCAGCAGUUCUCAAUGGGCUCUCUGCCCUGAAGGCGUACACUGUGGUGGGACCACCUGCUCACACACUCUCUGAGCACUUCCCCCACCUGGCCUUGCCCUUUGCUCCUUCGUCUGCUACUUCUGAAGACCCUACGGACCCCGACGAGCAGGCUGUAGAGCCAGAGGAGAACCUGCUCAUGACGUUUGUCUACUAACAACAAGUUGUGAUUGGAGGGCGCGGUCAAGCUUGCAGCGACAAAUGAUGCGAUCAUAGAGGACACAGCUGGAUGUUUUUUUGCACACCUGACAUGGACAUGACUGAACAGACAGGCUUACAUCUUUCUUACCGUGAUGCUUUUUUUUCUUUACGGAGAUUAUUUACUCUCUUUCUUUAUACUCCUGCUGCUGUUUUUCCAUCCCUGCGCAGAAAUUCAUGCACUCGUACCGCAAACAGACACACGGUCUGGCUAUGUUUACACCAGCUACAGUACAGCAUAUUCUGGGUAUCACCCCAUGUUUGCUGACCAGAAGGCUGUAAUGAGCCCGAUCCUAGCAAACUAAUGCUCCAGUUAGAGGCGAUGAUUUGCUUGUGCUAAUCUUUCUGGAACUGCUGUACAUACGGGGGCUUCAACUUAUGGUCAAACAGUGUGUUUACAUGCAUAAAUAUUAUCUCUUAUCCUUGGUAUGGCUACAUACAGGAGAGUGUUUUACAUGCACAAAACACAUUCUGCUUACAAUUGUUGGUACCACUUAAGGAAGCCAAUGAUUUAAUUUAAAAAGGGAUUCUUUAUAAAGGGGGUUAUAAAGUAGUAACCGGUGGCUUUAUCAAGGAAUCAAGGAAAUGUAUUUAUGAAAGUUUGUAGUUCCCUUCAUGCUACACAGAUAGAAAAAGAUAAUCAAAUUGAUAAAAUAACAUAUAAAAUAAAAAUAAAAUAAACGAAAUCAAUAUAUACAGUUAUUUAUAUACACACACAUCUAUACUCUGCCCUUCAUCUUUUGAAUUUGCUGGUCUGGUUGCAACAAGAUAGUGAUGAUAAUAUAGUUUCAUAUUCACAUAAAAAGAAACUGUCCUGGGCUCCUGUCGGCUCGGAACACAGUCCACCCAUCGAGUGCUUGAUCCAGGCUGUUGAUGGAGCAGGUCUCUGUCAAGAUGUGGGCACAACAGUUUAGCAUGGGUCCUGUCCGUUUCUCUUCCCUCUCCUCCUGGAGCGACAGCCCUCGCUGUGGUGGAGCAGGUCCUGCUGGGUGGCUCGUCCUUAAGGUCUGCCGCUCUUUAAUCCAAACCCCACGCUUCAUUUUCCGAUGGCUGCGGGCUAUUUCUGUCAUAGGCCAUGCUCAAAAUCUCCUGAAUCCAUUCGAUUUAAACAAUCUUGGCUUAGCCCUUAAAAAUCAAACCCAAUCAGACGUCAUUCCAUGAUUUUUUUCAGCAACAAAGCCAAAAAAAACAACCCAUACAGAUUAAAACAGAAAUGUAACAAGUUUUGAAGCAGCUACUGGCCGCUGCAUCUACAUGUGCAGCCGUUGCCAUGGAGAUUCAAGCAUUUACUAAUGCUUUAGGACAGUUUGACAAAUUCAAGCCAACACUUAAUUUGCUCAAAUUAAUUCAGACACAAUCCGUAUAGCAUAGCAUCAUCACUUCAUCAUCAUCAUCAUCAUCAUCAUCAUCAUCAUUAUUUUUUUAGAUCACAUCACUCUGUGUCCACAUCUGGCCUUGAAAAUUCCCUGGCUUGAUCAGAUGACAGGCAGCGACUGAACGUGUGACCAGUGUAACCGUAGCCACAACUGUCCAGACAGGCUGUGGGCUGAUAUGCCAUCUGCUAGAACAAUAUCCGAGACAAACCACACGCCCGCUCCCAAAGAGAGAUGAGAUGUUCCAGAUCCCGCUUCCAGCUGCCAAGUGGGUGUUAGCUCCCGUCCAGGUGUUGUCAGAUAUAUCGGGGCAGCAGGAUAGCAUAGACAGCAGGGGGAGGCCUUUGACUAGACUUUGACUGCAGUUGUUUCUAGAGUUUUAAGUUGACAAAUGAUUGGAAAAACUGGAAUAAAUGAGUGGAGAAACGUAACAGAUGCAGAUGCUUCCAUGCAGGACAUGAGGACACACUGAUUGGUUUGUGGAUCAAUGUGCAGAUACCACCUUUCCACAUUUCCACCACCAUUAUCAAAUAAUAAUGUCUUUUAGAGGAAUGGUGGUUCACCUACUUUAAUAUUUCAGUUGAUAUUACAUUGUGCAUAUAUAUAUACACAUUUGUGUUAAAUCAAAUUAUCACAAAUGUACUGGUAUUCAGCAACCGGUACGAUUUCAGCAUAGAAAUGGUUUGUUUCUGGGACUGUGGAAAAUUUGUUAGGGGCACUUUUGAGUCGGAGUUGCUCAACUGGGGACCCCAUUUCUUUUUGUUCCCUUCUGGAUGGUUAAUCCAUCCCUGGAUUAGUCAGUGAAAGGAUGUCUGCCCACUCAGGCUGAAACCAGGCCACAUUUGGCGAACAUCUUGGUUACAUAAAAUGUUUUUCUAACAGCAUUUCUAUGGAAAGUUGCAACAUGUGGCUGGUCUCGUAUAUGUUGAAAUGAUGUAGAGUCUCAAUGAAUGAGGUGCUGUGGGGAAAGGAGAAAGCAAAAGGACAAAUUCCUGCCUCAGGGAUCAAUAGAGCAUCGUAAAAAAACAAGAUGUACUGUGGCAGCUGACUGCAGUGAACACUGGCUGGAACCAAUCCAGACUAUCCAGAGUGGGGUCAGAGUCUGCGCCAGAGCUGGAUGAUACUAUUGUGUCUGACAGGGAGCUUGGAGUGUGCUUUGCUGAUGAUAUUUUAUAAAGUAAAUUAUAGCAAAAGCUAUAUGUUGUCAAGACAUAUAUCGACAACUGACAAAGAGAUAGUAGAAUGUAUAAGAAAACAAAACAAUAGAAGACAAGGACUGUGUCAGUCUGCUGUGGUAUGAGCUGACGGAGAGGCGCAGUAGGCUCACUGUUAUGAAGGCUGCAAUCCGCUGCUGCGUUUUUCCAGCUGGCCUUAUUGAGUGCAGAUGGCCUAAUAAAACAAGUUGUUUUGAAACAGGUUAAAAUGGACGCCCAAUGAACAAGAGUCCCAGGGUUAGGAUCCUCUCUUACCAGCCAACAAACCUCAUUCUGUUUGGAUCAAAACUAUGACUUUGACUCUCUGACGAGUUGGAUGAGUUGUACGGUUCUAAACCCACUUAAAGCCAAGUUGGCAGGACUCUGUAAGGGAAGAUCGGGAAGUAAAAGAGAAAUGUUCUCAGAAUCAUGUUGGACCUGAUUCAGUCACUACACAGCUGUUUGUCAGAAGUCAAUCUGAACUUCUUGAACGGUUUGUGUUUUUGUGUCUGUAUAUUUUUGCAAUCACGUUAACCAAAUGAGAAAGGAGUCGGAGGACAGUUUGAAAAAGAAAAAAGUGGAUGUAAGAACUCUUUCUCUCUCUGGUUCCAGCUCAUAUCCUGUGAGAGACUUUGUUAAAGCUGCUCUCACAAACACAAUCCGGGGCCAACACUUCUGUUCUGCAGAUCAUUCAAAACUGUUCUGCGUCUGUGUGUGUGUGUGUGUGUGUGUGUGUGUGUGCAAGCUUGCAGGCGUGAGCACAUGGGCGUGUCUGUGUGUGUAUGUGUGCAUGUGCUUGCAUUCAUCUCCCUUUUAGCAACAUCACAGUUAAUUUGUUGCUCUAUAGUCAUAGUUCAUUUAGAUCCUUUACAGUUACAGCAGAUGCCAUGUGUUGAGGUGCAAGUGUUGCAAGUGUUGUAUAUACUUCAUUUAUGCACUGAUUACGUGCAAGUAAACACUGUCAGUGAAACAAAGUUGCUACGCAAACUGUUGUAUCACUGUUCUGUAAUUAUUUAGAACUCCAUCGCUUUGAGCUAAAUAAAUGCAGAUAUCCCAACUCCUGUCAAGUGAAAAUAUCAACUUUCGGACAAAUCCAGAAAAGCAGCCAUUUGAGCUAUCUACUGUGCAUUUUUGAAUGCAUUCAAACUGUUUUAUUAAUCCAGAGGUUUGAAGGACAGUCAAAAGACAGAGUUCAUGACUUGCAGGACUUCUGCACCUCCACACCCAAAACAAACUGGCCUUCAUUAGUAACGCAGUGUAGGGACUCGGCACCAUGCAGAGUGCCUCCAGUUCAUGCAUAAAAAAUUUGGGAACUUUUCAGGCAACGCUGUUUUUGACAGCAAACCUUGUGGGGUUUGAAAAGCUUACUGAAGUUCCUCAACAUGUAACUGAACUAAUGAAACUAUAAUGAAACAGAUAAAUCCCACUUUAUAUCGUACAUCGCCCAUAAGUCUCUAAAGGAUCGUGUUCUUACGUCUCCUCCACUGUUUCACUAGCUUCUGUGAUUCUAUCUGUCAAUAGUCCUUAUGUUUCUGCAGUUUGCUAUACAUAUAUAUAGUUAUAA